AUGGCACAGGGAAACAUCAAAAUGUCGGGCAAGCCCAAGGCCGCCAAGGUUGCGCACACCAAGCGCCAGGCCUCCAAGAUCAACAAGGUCACCAACAAGCAGAGCAAGGACAAGCUCAACAAAAAGUUCACGUCGGGCCUCACGGCCAAGACGGAGCAGCUGCUGGGCGAGCGUGCGGGACACUUGGAGCUCAUCGGCAAGGGAAAGAAGGGCAAGAAGCUGACGCAAAAGGGCGGCUCCAAGAGGUUUGGCUAA